AUGAAGGCAAUGCACCACACGCGGAGCACCGGGGGUUUGGUGUGCGGGACCAGCCCCCCCUGCUUGGCUACGGGCCCGCCCAGGACGUUGGCCGCCGACGCCGGCACCACCACCUCUACCACCGCUCAGAGAUUGGCUAUCGCCCCGCCCAGGACGAUGACCGCCGACACCGGCAUCACUACCUCUACCACCGCUCAGAGUGCGCGCAGGUCUGCCACCUCCUCUGCCGCCGUUGGCGUUACGGGCACCUACUCCCGUUCCUGGUGAGGGUUGCACUUCGCCCCAAACAGGAACUCGGCCGCCGACACCACCCCUCCCGCGGCCGCUCACCGCAGCAGCGGGACCAGCCCCCCCUGCUUGGCUACCGCCCCACCCAAGAACAACGUGACCGCCGACGCUGACGCCGACACCACUGCCUCUACCACCGCUCAGAGCGCUCAUAGCAGACUCACUUUCUUGGAUACCACUCCCCCCUUGACCUGGACCCGAAGCUGCGCAAGAUAGAGCAGCAGAGCAGAUAGCGUGUCCUGUUGCAUGAGUCCCACACCGCUCGCUGUUGUUCUUGGAGCAGGCAGAGGAGGUGCUGAUGCUUCCCUGGAUCCUGGCUGCUGUACUAAACUGGCAAUGCUAGACAGUUCAGUGCUACGGUGGUUGACCAUCCCUCCUU